AUGCAAUCAACUUUUAUGAUGUCACGCUGGAAGAUAACUAUUGCUUGUCUCGAUCGAUAUGCGCUAAGUUCAAGAAAUGUUCGUGUACGACGAUUUGCACAAGUCAAAGUUGCACAACGUGCAGUUGCUGUUGUUAUAGACGUUUGGCUUAUCCUACCGUUUCAUACAUUAGUAUUUUAUAAGAUACGAGAAGCUGCUGAUAUUUGUGCCAUUGUAUACAAUCAUACAGCAGCACUCUAUCAUAGUAUUUAUACAAUAGCCACGUGUGGUAUCACUCCUCCAACAAUUAUGAUUACAUGUACUGUACUCAUUCGACAUAAUCUUGCAAUCAAACGAGACUUCCGUGAACAACCAGCCAAUGCAACUAAUCCUACAGAUCCAUCAAGUACAAAUACACAUUUCCAACGUACACGUGAUAAAAAUGCAUUACCGAUGCUAUUUAUACAAGUCAUAGUCUAUUGUUUUGUUCAAGCACUUCAACUGAUCUACACGCUUUAUGCUGCUAUAGCUAGUAAUAUUCAAAAUAAGUCAUCGGAUCAUUUAGCUAAUGAAAGAUUUGCGUCUUUCCUCGCUGACUUAUGUGUCUAUUUAUUUCCUGUUACAGCAUUUUAUUUAUUCAUAUUAGUCUUACGUACUUUUCGAACUGAAUUGCAUAAUCUUGUAAGUAAAAUGCUUACGAUCUGUUUUGGCAAUCGUUGGAAUAUUAGAAUUGUACAAAUUGGAAACGUGACGAAUUCUAGUAAACUACCUGAUGGAACCAAUAUGGCUGCCACAGGAUUACCUCGCAGAAUACAAGCAGUGAACGGUUUAGUCGGUGAACUGCGUUAA